GCCUUUUUUUUGAGCCACAUGUUCCGUCCAUAGAGGGCAAUAAUAAAAAGUCAGAAAAGAAAAAAAUUGUACGUGUGGCGGUGUGUGUUCAGCCGGGAGAACAGACGGGAUGAGCUCGUGUAUACUUCUCUUUUUGAUUCAUCGAUUGCAGAACAUUGUCAAAUAAAUUUGAAAUAUUGAAAUACUGAGUGUGAUUACUCUCAUAAAGUGUGGGUCAUGCGGACCACCUGUAGAGUAAUGUAAUGAAUAGCUGUGCGAACCCUAAUACCGGUACGAAGCUACGGGGAUCCAAGAGCUCGGAGCUUCGAGAGGAAUCAUCAGGCAGCACCGAUAAAACUGAGGAAAAGGAUAAGACGGAUAAAAAGGCAAAAAACGAAACAGCAGAGACAGAAUCAGCGAGCAACGAUUUUGGUGUACCAAAGGGAACACUGGUGAUUUGCCAGAAGAACUCGGGAAGCCUUGGUGAUCACAGUUUCAGCCGUAUCAAGCAGAGAAACAGUUGCGGGACUAACCGCAAUGAAGUGCGUAUGGCUCGUGGAAGUAACAGUGGUGAGCGAGGUCGAGGGAGAGGUGGGAGAGCAUUCAAGAAGGGACAGGAUCGGGAUGGCAAUACAGAGGGCUAUCACUCAACGACUAGACAAAAAUUUCAAGAACCGUUGAAGAAUCAGGACAACUGCUCGAAUAAAUAUUACGAUGACAAGAGACUAAACGACGAAUCGAGAAUUACGAAACUCUUGAGGCGAUUGUGUCGGGAGGAUGACUACGACCAUUUUUUGCCCCUUGUUAAGCAGGUGCAGGAGGCCAUUGUGGCACCUGAAAACUAUCGAAUCAUCAAACGUAACUUAGAAGCAAUUUGUGAAACACUUUAUGACGUUUUACAUCUUGAAUUGGGGAGUGAAGCUAAACAGCAUACUGCGAAAUGUUUUACGCUGAUUGGAUACACCAUCAGUCCAGAUUUUAAGAGAUUCUUGGAAUGGAUCUUUGGAAAAUACGCAAUUGAACGGAAAGAUGAUUUGAAAUAUUUACUUAUGAAGUCCCUUGGUGACGUGCUCAAAAUGGAUAUUGAAACUCAAAAGCUGAAGGAUUAUUCAAUGGCAAUAAUGUCACGUCUACAAUCGACCCUUGAAAACGUAGACAGACCGGAUCUGCUGAUGGCAACAGUCGAUGCAAUUCUAAUUGUCACCGACUUGUACCCGGAAACCUUUUCAGAUCACUUUCGUGAUGCUGUUGACAUUCUCGUAGGUUGGCACAUUGAUUUCACUCAACCCAAAUCAGUAGUCGCCUACGCAAGUCGAAGUCUCCAACGUUUGCACGACUUUUGGAUUGCUGAUCUCCAGUUUACCUUGAUGCUGCUGAGUCAAUUUUUAGAGGAUAUGGAGAGUUACGAUGAGGAAUUAACAAUACCAAAUUCUGGAAGAAGUUCACCUGGUGAGGAGCCUCCCCCUGGGCCCAGAGAAUGUAUAUUACGAAUCACAUCGCUGAUAUCAGUGUUCAAUACAGUCACGAAGAGUGUCUCAGACAAUUUAAAUCCAACUGUAACACCCAGUGUACAAUGGUCCUUCCUCACCGAGUGUCUCUCCAAGAUGCUUCAAACUGUUGUCAAAGCAAUCGAAUUGGACGAAGAUGCCCUGGAACAAUUGGAGGCUAGAGAGCAAGAGAAUGAAGCAGUAGAGGAUGGCCAGGAUCCCAAAGACAACCCUGAGGAGGUGAAGCACUUAACAGACUCUAUCAAAGGUGUAACUCUCUCCCAAAAGAACAUCGACACUCUGGUGAAGAAAGUGAAUGAAGACGGUAUCAACGACCAAAAGCACUUCUUCAGAAUAAUAAAAUCAAUGAACUCCAGUAGAAGGCGAGAUGAUAAGAAAAACUCCAAGGCCAGUGGGGAUCGAGACAACGAGAUAGAAGAGGACAAAUUGAGGACUCUUCUGAAGUUAUUGAAAUCGAUUGAACUGAAAAACAAGGAGAGGGGCAAAGUACCUCUGGAUCUCUCCCAAGAGAAGGAAGACCUGAUCGUAGCAGCAAACGAGUGCAUCUGCCACUUCCUGGGUCUCCUUCAGAGUCGAGUGACAAAAAACCACGAAUUAUUGUACAAAUUCCUUGAUAUUCAACUCGAGAAAAUUGAUAUUUUUCUGGACGACACGAUUGUCUCCACCCUGAACCUCAUUGCGAAGAUAAUAAAAGAAGUUUCAGCUAAUUUGCCAUUGGAACUGGUCCACAAGCUCCUUGGAGGUGAGUCUGUCCUCUUGAAACUGCGAUUUCGUCAUUCAACUGCAAUUCAGGAUGCGAGUUUGGUAGUGUAUCACAGUUUUCUGGGGCUGAAGAACAUCCCUCUGCUCCAGGAGGCUUACAGGUACAUUCUGGGAGACUUGGAGAUCGCUUAUAAACUCAUACUGCCUCACUUUGAAGGGCUGGUGUCCAGCAAUCCUCUUACAGACGUACAAUACAAUCAGACAGACACUGAAAUCGUAGUCCUCUUCCUCUUGAGAGCCCUCUCUGACCUCGCCAAUGCCAGUAACUCCAUAAUCGGCAUGUGGGCAUUGAAACCAAGUAUUCUCGAGCUUCUGGCCGUGAAAAUGAUUCCUCACGAUGUCGAUCUCACCAGAGACAGUCCACUCCUACAAAAUUGUAUUCUGUUUCUUCUAUAUGCUCAUUGCUCUCGUUACAAUCACUUUGUCUCAAGUUCCAGUCUCAUCACUGGUCCCAGCAGAUCCAUCGACAUUUUUCCUGGUGCUCUGGAGGUCCCCACAGCCUCGCCAACCAGUGGACACCUCUCCACAAUCCUCAAUCUCAUUUGUAAAUGCUUUGAACUCAAGAAUAUCCCCGAGCAAACGAUAAUAUUACUGUGCAACUGGGUGCAGGAGAUUUUCACACAGGCAGAGACUUACCUGGGGAUCCUCAAAGACAAAGAUGACUUCAAGAUGAUUGUCUCGAGUUUAUUGACUCGUGGAGCCACCACCAGUCCCAGAAUUGCUGUUGCUAUUGGCAACAAUAUUGAGAUCUUGAUGAACGAUAAAAAAGUCAAUUGGUCAGAGUCUGUGUAUCUAGGAGUGAUUGAUUUAUCAAUUCUCCACUUGACGUCGUUCGAUGCAACAACGAGGAAGAAGUAUGGAGCCCUGUUGAUAAAAGUACCUGUCAACAUCGUCAUUCCGAGGAUAAACAGGCAAAAUCUGCAGUCAGAAACCAAGAAGCUUCGUGCCAUCGAGAAUUACUCUGUGGAGUCUCUCACUGUUGCUCAAAGACUCCAUAUGAGAGGGAACUUUGGAGGCUCAAGCAGUAGCUCCGGAAAUUCCAGUGGCUCUGGGGAAAUGCAGGCUCAACAUUUCAAGACAUACAUGACGUAUCUACUUCAGGACUACGAUUUUAAUGCCAUGGGAUUGUCAGAGAUCUUUACAUUGUGCUGGCCAACAGUAUCAGAAUCAGAAACACUGGCGAAAAUGUAUAAAUUUGGUCUGGCCAAUCGUUCGUUUUUGUUUUUCUGGAGUGGAGUGGAGGCUGCUCAACACUGUGUUUUGAAUAAGCUGAGAACACCCCUUGGAAAGCCUCAGGAGACAUUUACGAGUAUUGAGGGAGCCUUGAAGGCUCUGGCCAGAGAGAUCUCAUGCAAACAAGAUAACAUGAAGAUAGAUCAGAGAGGUCUUGCUCACUCCCUUCAUGAACACACUAGAGUUAGACUAUUCAUUGAAUUCCUAGAACAUUUAGAGAGGGUCAUUCACAAUGCUGCGGAGGGGUGUGCAGUGGCCCUCGCACCACUUCCAAAACCAGUUAGAACUUUCUUCCAUACUAAUAAAUCCACAUGCAAGGAGUGGCUCAUUCGAAUUCGCCUUGCACUCUGUGUUGUUUCUCUUCAUGCUGGUCUUGCCACUAAUGCACUGAGAAAUGGUCAGAGAUUGCUGGAAGAUUUGAUUGAUGUUAAAGUCACCCACAGGGCUGAGUUUGAGAGAGCUACGUUAUGCACUGCACAGGCACUAGUUAUGUUGGGGGAAACCGAAGCACUUCAAGGUCUUUAUCUUUACACGAAGGAGAGGGAGAGGAAGUUUCCAUGGCUGAAGGCAGCUAUGGAGGAAGCAGCUGGACGCUACGAGAGUGCAGCUGAGAGUUACAAAGCCAUUUUGAAGGAGCAUCCCUGUCUUAAACUGCAAGAAGCAGAAGCUGAAAAUGCUGAAGAGACGAGUGUUGAUGGAGAUGUUCAUGUUGCUGCUUUUGCUAUGCAACACUUGACUCGGUGUUAUCUUGCUGUUGGAGACUGGACGCAGUUGGAGGCCUGGAAGACGUGGGAGUCUGAAAUUCUCAAGAGGGACAGUAAUUACUGCCUCAGAAAACAGAUCUUGGGUAAUGUUGUUAUUCAGCAGGCGAAAUGUUUGAAGGAUUUUGAAGCUGGGAAAACUAGCAGGAUUGAGGAACUCUCUGAUUGGACUCUGCUGGAUGAAAAAGCCAGCACUAACUGGAGUUGCACUAAAACAAUGUUAGAAUGCUCGAAUACUCUGUUCAAUGUGGCUAUGAGACUUCGUGCUGGCGAUGACAACAAAGAUUUUUGUUCAGAAAAGGUUGAACUCUGCAAGAGAGUUGCUGCUAAAACAAUCGAGGAGGGACUGAGGAACAUGCCGUCAGAGUACUUGAGCGACUCAAUACUGACAGAAUACGCGGCUCAAGGUCUUGCUGAUCUCCUGGAAGGCAAGAGUGUCAAUGGCUUCGAUCUUUCUAAUUCUGAGGGAGUGAAAAAUCUUGGCUGCAACGUGAUGGGACAGAUUCUGUGGUGGUCCGACUAUUUCUCCACAAGUUCACUCAAUUCCACGAAUAACGUUGCAAGUUUGAGGCUUAAUUUGAUCAAGAGUGCACGAAAGGAAGGGAACUUCAAACUUGCAAAACGAGAGAUGAUAAAAUACUUCUCGAAGGAACAUUUAUUAGGAUUUGAAUCGAGUACUUCAGCAACUCCAGGAGAUUCGGUGUUUUCAGAUCUCACAACUAGCAUUCUGGAUACCCAAAUAUCAGUCAAAUGGACGCAGAACAACAUGAGGGCGUUCAGGGAAAUGGCCAAGUUGUUGUACAGUAUGGAGUCUGUUGAAGAGGCUGUGAAGGUCUGCAGUGUGACAGCACUUGGAAUAUCAAGGGCAAUUGUCGGUGGUGAUGAGACUGCAGACAAUCUCAGAGAAACUGGAACGAAGCUCAUGUUAACUCUAGGUAAAUGGAUUCAGCAGCAAGAGAAGAACGUGACAGAGAACUCACAGUUGAACGAAUUACUGAGAUUCGAGGCUGUCCAUAAUGACGGAUUGAUGAACAAGUUGUUCGGUCAAACAACAGAGUUGAUCCCCCACCCAGACAUGGUGAUUGGCAAGCUGAUGCAACUUGGAGUGAACCAGUGUCCAGAGUUGCCUGAGGCAUGGGCAGAGUUUGCUGCCUGGUGCUACAAGUGGGGGAGGAAAAUCAUAGACAAUUCUCAUUCAGGACAAUUGACUGAAACUGACGUCAACAACAUCAGAGCUCUACUGCCUCUCGACAGUCCAGAGGCUGACUCCAACGCAAUUCUUGCCAUUCUGAGUCAAAAUAAAAGUAUCCCUGAGGAUGAAGGAGAUAUCGAGACGAAUGACAUUAAAACUUCUGACAUGAUUGAAAAUCAACUUCGUCAGGUUUCAAUCCUAGCUCUCGCCACUAAUGAACACUUGAGUCUGCUGGUGGACAUCUGGAGACAGGCGCAGAAAAGAAUUUACUCGUACUACGAACUCUCUGCAAAUGCAUAUUUCAAGUAUUUGGAACUUGCGAAUGGAGAGUCGAAUGAUUGUGCUAGGAUAACAGCGACACUGAGGCUUUUGAGGCUUGUUGUCAAGCAUGCACUUGAGCUUCAGCAUGUCCUUGAAGCUGGACUGUCAACUACUCCCACUGGACCCUGGAAGGAGAUAAUUCCACAAUUGUUCUCGAGGCUAACUCAUCCCGAGGCCUACGUCAGAACCAGAGUCUCUGAGCUUUUAUGCAGAGUUGCCGAGAACAGCCCUCACUUGAUCACCUUCCCAGCUGUGGUAGGGGCAUCCUCAGAUCACAGGAAGGAUUUCGAGGAGAUUCCCACGAGAUAUGAGAGACCUGAGGAUUCCUCCAAUGAUUUUGAUUUCGAUGUGGACGAGGUUGACAUUGCGAUUCAAUCAGGAAACACCGAGGACUCUGAUAUUCACGACGAGGAGCACAAAACGUUCAUGGAGGCUUGCUUCGCUCAACUGCAGGUGUGUCUCUCCAAUGGUAUCCAGGACUCUGUCAACCACGUAAAAAUCCUCGUGAAGGAACUACGAAGAAUCACAUUACUGUGGGACGAGCUCUGGCUAGCCACUUUCUUCCAACAUCACACAGAGAUCUCAAAACGCUUCGAACAACUGGAACUCGAGAUCCAGAAGGUCCUCGACAACGUUUGGAUAACAAGCGAGGAGAAGGAGAAACUAAUAACAGAAAAGCACAGGAUUAUUCUUAAACCGAUAGUGUUCAUCCUCGAAAACUUAUUAGCGAUGACAUCAGUCCCAGCUGAGACUCCCCACGAGAAGCAAUUCCAGGAGAAAUUUGGUCCAGCUAUAGAGGAAGUAAUUAGAAGACUGAAGAACCCGAAGAACCCAGCGAAGCCCCAGCUGGCAUCAACUCCCCUCAAACAACUGGAGGCAAAGCUGGCUCAGAGAGUGAACAGACGAGGAGCUUACUCCCUGUCCAUGGCAGACAUAAGUCCAGUCCUUGCCAGCAUGAAGGACACGAAGAUAGCGAUGCCAGGGGUGUUUGCAGUCGAUCGAAAUAAGAUUGUGACCAUCAGAUCUGUCGACAACAAUGUACAAAUCCUCCCCACGAAGACUAAACCCAAGAAACUGAUGUUCCAUGGCUCUGACGGUCAUGUCUACACGUAUCUCUUCAAGGGCUUGGAGGAUCUCCACCUGGAUGAGAGAAUUAUGCAGUUCCUUAAUAUCUGCAACACGAUGAUGUCGAAGAAUAACGACACAAGCAGAACAUACAGAGCUCGUCAUUAUUCAGUGAUACCACUGGGUCCAAGAUCAGGAUUGAUUCAGUGGGUGGACGGUGUGACUCCCCUGUUUGCAUUGUACAAACGCUGGCAGCAACGAGCAAGUGCAAUGGCGGGGACUAAAGGGGGCACUGGAACCUCAGCGGUGAUGAGGCCCUCAGAGCUCUUUUACAAUAAACUAGCUCCUCUUCUGAAGGAACGAGGAAUUCCCCUGGAGAAUAGAAAAGAAUGGCCACUACCUGUUUUGAAACAAGUACUGUCUGAACUGAUGGCAGAGACUCCCAAGGAUUUGCUAGCCAAGGAGAUCUGGUGCAACAGUAUCAAUGCUGGUAACUGGUGGCAAGCAACGAAGAGUUACUCCUAUUCAGUAGCAGUCAUGUCGAUAAUUGGAUACAUCAUUGGACUUGGUGAUCGACAUCUUGACAAUGUCCUGGUUGAUCUGAACACUGGGGAGAUUGUUCAUAUUGAUUACAACGUCUGCUUCGAGAAGGGGAAGACACUGCGAGUGCCUGAGAAAGUUCCAUUCAGGAUGACUCCGAAUAUCAAGACAGCUCUGGGGGUCACUGGGGUCGAGGGGAUCUUCAGACUAGCCUGUGAGCAUACUCUCAGAGUGAUGAGGAGAGGGAGGGAAACACUGUUGACAUUGCUUGAGGCCUUUGUUUAUGAUCCCCUCGUGGAUUGGCGAGCUGGGGCUGAAAAUUCGAUAGCUACUUAUGGGGCUUGCCAGGCGAGGGCUAGGUGCACUGGAGUGGGAAGGAAGCAGCUUGAGAAGGAGCUGACUAAGGCGAUGUUUGCGGUGAGAACUGUGGAGAUGAAGACAGAGUGGCUUAUGAACAGAGAUGUCAUGCUGAGAAAUCUUCCAGCAUUGUCUAGGCAGCUUGAGGAGUGGUUGAAGACUCAUGAAGCAACUCGACAGUGUCAGGAUCUGUUGCAAGAUCGUCAUCAACAGUUGGGACUGAUCAAGGAGGCUCAGGCUAUUGGGAGAAGCCAUGGACUUUACUCAGUGAUAAAACGAUACAACACUUUCAAACGAACUAGGGACGCUCAUGAGAAAGCAAAGGUCUCUCUGCAGGAGAAGAUGGAAGAGUGUGAGAAGCAGAUCGGCAUGCACACCAUGGCUCUGGCCGCCAUUCGGGGUCCACAACUUGCUAGAUGGCUGACAGAACUUGGAACUCCAACUACUGCUCACGAAGACCACAUGGUCUUUGAUCUUGUGAAAGAGUUUCUGCAAAAUGCUGGACAAAACCAAAUGAUUGUUCAAUGUGAACAGUGUGAGAAUGAGUUAACACAAUUAGCAACUCAGGAAGCUAUGCUCAUUCGUUCUUCUCUGGAUCUGUUGAGUCAAUACUCUGCGAUUUGUAGUUUUUAUCCAAUGAGUGCAAUAGCCCAGCAUCGAUCGGUAUUGUAUCACACCUGGUUGAGCCACAUGUUGACGACUGGAACUGUUGAAGUUUGUCGGGAAGUUAUGGCUCAAUUCGAAAUGAAUUUCGAUGCUCUAUCCACCAAUGAAGCUAAGGUGCAAAGAACCAUGGCCUUUUCUUUUCAAAUCCAGGGAAUUAUGAACGAGACGAAUGAAAAAUUCAAGAAGUAUUAUGAGAGAAUGGUGACGAACGAAGGACUUCCAGAUGCACAGACGAGAAUUGAGAAAACUUAUGCUGACUCUAGACUCCAGAUAAGUAACUUUCUUAGAAGAGAAAAGGGGGCUGACAGAGCUCUGGAGUCUGUCAAUAUCACAGCUCUCUGUGCAUUGAACAAACGAUACCUGAUAAUGGAGGGUGCUGCUAAAUGUGCUGGUGAAUGUUUAGUGGAUUUAACGUCGCGAGAGGGGGACUGGUUCCUGGAUGAAAUGCGUCUGAUGUCUUCCCUGAUUGUUGAACUUGUCAGCCUGAUACCGUUAAGUUCCCUGGAGGAUUUCUCCAUGUCGGCAUCUCUGGAGUGUCUCAGAAGUGCAGACGAAAUUUACAAAGGACUUCAAGAGCUCAACUACAAUUUCCAGACGAUCAUUCUGCCUGAAGCCCUCAAAACCAUCAUCACUGAGGAGCCAAGUGUGAUGUUAAUGGUGAACGAAGUGGAUGAGAUAAUCCUGUCAACUGGGAUUCCCCUGGUUGAGAUACUAAAUCAAUUGGAGCUGCACUUGAGAUUCACCUUGAUGGACAUGGAGAGUCCUCACGUACUGGUUCAGUCUCUUGUUUCAAAUGUUCGACUUCGAUUCGAUGCUCUUUUGUCAAGACAACCAGAGUUGCGUGAGGUGGAUCAGGACUCUGAGAGCUUGACCCCUGGACAGAUGUUGUUGAUGGGAUUUAAUGGGCUGUUCGAGAAGCUUCAGAUAGAGGCGAACGCUUUGAUAUCAACCCUGGGCUCCCUGGACAUCCCCGCCUGCUGGAAGAAGAUCGAUCAGAUCAGAGAGGCAAAGGAAAUAGCUGCUCCGAUAUUUCACGAAGGGGCUAGACGAGUUCUAGACGAUAUUUUCCUGGUAAAACGAUUGCAAACAAUCCGAGAGUUCUUCGCAAUGUGCAGGGAGAUUGGAAAUGCGUUCAAAGGGAAUGAUGGACCGAUGAGUAUCUACGACGACGAGAGACUCAACAAACCAGUUAAAUCAUUCACUGCUGAUUAUGUAUCUAGACAACUGCUGGGGGUGACAUCCCAGACAUUGGCUAUUUUCCUUUGCUUCCUGCUACAGCAAGUGGGUUUGAAUGUUACUGAGGAGAUUGAACAGAGGGACAUUGGUGCGGAGAGUAAAGUAUCUUUGGAGGAACUCUGCAGGAAGAAUGUUGAUACUUGUCUGAAGUCUGGGGUCUUCACUAGCUCUGUCCUGGGGCAGGCUAGCGCCUUCUGCAAUGCCCUCGAGGGCGUUUGGAGACGCAAGCAAGGGGCCAGAGCUGCUCAACAAAGUGUGGAGAUCACUAGAGCAACUCUGCAAAGACUACAGAUUGAAUUUACUGCUCAUCAGUGGUUGCAUGAGGACAGUUUCCUCACCAGGGCUAAUAUCACCACAAUGAACCCACUAAAUCGACCAAAUUUCAUGCUAGAGCUUAGGAAGACUGCGACUGCUCUGACGAGUUUGCAGUCGAGGGUGUGUGAAGCUCGAGAGCAACAGCAGAACUUAGUGGCGAGUGUCGAUCAACGCUUGAAGUGGGCUGCUGGGGCCAAUCCAGCUCUGGCCGAGGUGAUGGCUGCCUUUGGGAAUGCUGUGUUGUCUUCCAAUGAUAAAUUGAGUCAUCAGAGGAGCCUUGCUAUCAGUGUAGCUAAUACCUGCAAUUCCAUUCUUCAUUAUGAGGCGUUGAGAACGAAAACAUCUGAGAGUAUGACCAAUGAUGCUAAUUUUGUGAAGCUGAUUAAGCAGUGGGAGGAGAGCUGUUUGCUGAGGACAAAUUUGUCGGUUAGUGUUUCGAUGAUUGAAGAGAGUCUUGUGGAGCUGCUGCAGCUGGAGAAUAAUAUUGAUGCCAACUGGUUGAGGAGAGCCGAGAAAUUGAUAGCAGAUGCCAUUGUGGAGAAUCAGAAGGCUCUGCAGUUGAAGCAGGAGUUUCAUGUGAUGGCGCAGGAGAGACUGAGAGAGGAGCUGGGGGAACUGCAAGGCACUCUGGCAGAACAUCAUCGUCUUAUGACUGAUGUCAGGGGUUUGUUGAGGACUAUGAUGAAGCAGGAGAAUAUCCCGGGGCUUCAGGAGUUCCUCACUGAGUACAGAGCCUUCAUGGAGAGCAUUUCAGCGGUUGUGAAGGAACUUGAGGCGGAGAAUGUGGAGCAGUUGAGAAUUAUUGAGGCGAAAGUUGUGAUUGAUUCGUUGACGGCUAAGGUCUCGAGUCUUUAUGAUGAGCUGCUCGAGUUCGCCGGUGGAUCAACGAGUGUGGGAGCUAGGUUGGGGGAGGAGGGCCUUGCGACUAAGAAGAAGGCCAAACUUGUGAGACAAGAUACGAGCGUGUGUCUCAGCCCGAGGAAGGGAAUUCCAAUGGCCAGAGAUCCUACUACAGGCAAAGCCGUGCAAGAGAGAAAUGCAUACGCACUAAACGUCUGGCGUCGAGUUCGAAUGAAGCUAGAGGGACGUGAUCCAAAUUCAUCGAGAAAGUACACAACGGCCGAGCAAGUGGAGUACGUGAUCCGUGAAGCGCAGAACUCCGACAACUUGGCACUGCUGUACGAGGGUUGGACUCCGUGGGUGUGAACGUCGCGGAUGCCGGCGCUACCGCGUCGUAUGGUUUGACUCUCGUUUAUCCAACUCAAAAUCACAUUGGUACCAACUAAUUUUGUACCAAAACAACGUAAAACUAAAAUGAAAAAAAAAACAAUACAAAUGGAAAAAGGUACAUUGGCUUGAGCAAAAGUGAGCCAAUGCUUCAGUUGCUUUGGGGCAAUUAUCGUGUGAUCACGUGGAUUCAGUGUAUUCUACAUGUGCACUUAUUGAAUCACGGAGAAUUGACAAUGUCAAAAGCGUCAAGGCACUGAGGGUACAAGUCUCUGCGAUCUACGAUGAGUCGUUUCGCACAGCUGAAGAGCAGCGAUUAAACUCAUGCUCAUCCGUUAAACUAACAAGUAUCCUCUGUUGUACACGUCUAAACGCAUGACAAUCUGCGUUUGUCUAUGAACAAAGAAGCAAAAAAAAGAAACAUGAUUCAAUGAUCUCUGUGUUUCUAUUUCUCUCGAUGGGAGUGAAAUAUUAAUUUUUUUUCUCUCCAUUUGGACCUACUGAUAAAACUAUUCAAUUUCUCUGUUUACAUGAAAAAAAAAGGAAAAUCAGACAGAAAUGUUUGUCUGUCACUUGAUAAGGCGGCGCUGAAAAUAGUUAAGGGUAAUACAGAUGAAUUUUUCGUAUGCUUUCCAGUUUGUGAUGAAUAUUUUAAAAGCAAUACUUGCAUGUCUUGCAUUCUUCAAUUUUAUGAAUAAAAAUAAUAGACGUUAUUUGGAACUUUAUAUUGAAUCGAUUGAGUAUACCUUCACUUUCCUGAAAAGUCAUUUUGAAUUCGUACGUUUUGGAAAUUUUAUAGUAAAAAAUAAAUCAUGAGACGAUAGACAAAUAUUUUUUAAAAGUGCAAGUUUACAAUCUUUCUUGUCAUUGAUAUUCAUCACAAAUGAGCGUAAUUUUUAAUAGGUGGACACGAUUUAGGGUAGCUGUAAGAGAAAAGAAGAAAAAUUGGCAAAUUUUUUUUGUAAAUUCAAAUUUCUAACAAUUUCGGAGUAACUAGAUCUUUGAUUUUUGAGAUUAUUAUUGAGGUGAAAAAGGAUGGAAAACAAAAUCAUGAUGUAACAAAUUUAUCGUUUAUUUAAUAUCAUUUAUUCUCGUACAAGAAAGAAUUUUUCUCGAUCCUUGGUAAUAAUCAUUCAUUUAUCAACAAGAACUAAAAACAAAAACAAUUCAAUACUAUCUCUUGACAAUUUUAAACGACAUAAAAAUUCAGAUAAACCGAUUGGAAAAAAAUGAACAAAAUAAUGCAGUAAUCUAGGCUCGAUUAAAUUUUCAUCCCAAAAACCUUCGUCCCCAUUGUGGUGUGGGCGCCGCCGAAAGAGCAAUUAUCAAUAAAAUUAUUAUUCUAAAAAAAUUUACAUGACUUGAAUAAUUAUCACCGUGUAU